AUGGAGAAAGGACAAAGACACGUCGCUGCCCCAAAAGAAGAAGACGAGGAAGAUGACACCGAGACGCCUUUCCAGAAGGCCCAGGGAGACGGUCGCUUGGUUGGAACGGCGGAAAAGAUGAGGCGGCCGACCUGUGCAGAAAACAAAGACAGACACGCAAUUUGGCCGUGGAUCGUCGCUACUGCUACUCUGAUCAAGUUGCUCCUCAUUCCCACAUACCGAAGCACAGACUUCGAGGUUCACCGCAACUGGAUGGCCAUCACGGCGAGUCAGCCGCUGUCCACCUGGUACAGACCGGAGUCGUCUCCGUCGAAGUGGACUCUCGAUUAUCCCCCUCUCUUUGCUUUCUUCGAAUUCUUUCUCUCUCUUCUUGCUCGCUUCGUCGACCCCGCCAUGCUUCAGGUUCAAAACGAAGGUUACGGCAGUCCCGCGUGUGUGUGGUUCAUGCGCCUCACCGUCAUUGUCACAGAACUCGUUCUUGUCCUGGGGGUUCGCCGCAUCUGCAAAGCUGCCCAGACACUCCAGCCGGUGCACAGACGCGUCCACGGCCCCUGCGUAGGCGCCGACGCGACGAGGCGAGGACAGGGGGAAGUCGAAGAAGAGAGACAAGCAAGAGGAGGCGAAAACCUCGGGUGGCCGAAUGUCGCUCUUCUUCUGGUUCUGUUCAAUGCCGGACUCCUCAUCGUCGACCACAUUCACUUCCAGUACAACGGUGUUCUCCUCGGCGUCCUUCUGCUCUCCGUCGCGGAAGUCCAAACGGGGCGUUACUACAGAGGCAGCAUUCUCUUCACGUGCGCCUUGCUGCUCAAACACAUUUUUCUUUACGUCGCUCCUGUCUACUUUGUAUUUCUCUUGAGUUGGUUGCGGCCUCGCGAGUUGCGCUCAUCACCGGACGAGGAACUGGAACUCAUUUCGGAAACCCGGAGGGACUGGGGAACUGCCUCUUCGCGCUCUGCUCACGUGCCCAGCCUGCGCGGUGCUCUGGUGUGGCUCGGGCGAGUUCUGCGCCUCGGCCUCCUCAUCCUUUCUCUCGCUAUCCUGGUUCUGUCUCCCUUCGUCGCCACAGGGCAGACGACGGCCAUGAUCGGGCGCCUGUUCCCCUUCGGCAGAGGCUUGUUGCAUGCGCAGUGGGCCGCCGGUCUGUGGGCGCUCUACGCAGCGGCGGACCGCGUUCUGUUUCUUGGUGGGCGCGCCCUCGGUUGGAGUUUCGCCACUCCUUCCGUCGGAGAAGGACCAGCGACGGUGACUCCUUUUCGAGUCUUGCCAAACAUUUCGCCCCUUGCUGCCGGCCUCGUCACGCUUCUCCUUUACACGCCCCUCCUCUUCACGAUCUGGAAAUUUCCCUCAAGGCGACUGUUCCCCGUCUAUGUCGCCCUCGGCGCCUCCGUUUCCUUCGCCUCCGGCUGGCAUGUCCAUGAGAAGGCGAUUUUGCUCGUCACGGUGCCUCUCGGCGUCGCGGCGUGGACAAUCCUGGACCCGUUUCUCCUCGUUUCCUCUUUUUUCCUAAACACCCUGGGCAACCUCGCUAUUCUCCCGCUUCUCCCGCGGCCGCACGAGACGCCGCUGAAACUCACUCUCUUCCUCUUUUCUACACUUAUGGAGGCUCUCUGUAUCUUCCUCGCGCUCGCGAAGGAUCGGAGGGGCCGGGUACGACAGCAAGUCGUCUUUCUCCAGACACCAGCUUCUUCCUCCUCUCCAUGCUGCGGAGCCAAAUGCGAUAGCGAGGAGAGUGUCCCGUCUCCGUUGUCUCCUUGUUCUUCCUCUCCAUCUCUUUCCUCUUGCUCUCCGCAUUCGUGCCCCGCUAUCGUCGCCUCUCUGGAAGCCGCCUGUGUGGACGCGCUCUCCAUCGGGAUCCGCCCGGUUCACAUACGGAGAUGUCUCAGGUCGUAUCUGCUUUUUCUUGCACUGUCCCUCUCCGGGGUAGCGCUGCUGUAUACUCUUCAGUCUGAUCUCGUUCCAAACGUGCUUCUUCUGAAGCUCUACAAGACCGAAACCUCUUGGGUGGCGCAUGCAGCGGAGACGCCAGCGACGCUAACCCUGUCACCAAGGGGUGCUGCUCCUGCACUGUCCGCGGGACGCACGUCUCCUCUUCCUUCCUCGCCCUCCACUUUCGCUUCAGGGUCCGAUUUCCGGGGGGAAGACGCCCGCACCGUCGUCGAUAGGAAGCGCACAUCUCCGCCUACGCUCGCCUCUCGUCGGGUCCUCUCUCUGCUUCUUCACUUCCACAGCGCCACCAAAGCGGAAGAGCAGAAACAGCGGCACUACGCAAGGGAUCUCCUGGCUGCAAUCGUGGCUUCGCCCCCACAUUUUCCUUCUGUGUCUUCCGGGGGAAUCGAGGGAGAGGGCGAACGAGACACGGAUCGGCAGACAGAGCCAAGGGCUCCAAAUGAAGAGCACUUGGAGAACAAGGAUGAAUCGAUCGAAGAGCAUUUCUGGAAUGCGAACAGUCCAGUUCUCCAUCACAUCUUACGGCAGUGGCAUCACAAUUUCCCCUAUUUUUAUCGCAUCCUGUUUGCAGCGCAUGCGUUAGCCAAACGCUUCGAGUUUCUCCCGCUGAUGCUUCUCGUCUGCUCGUCCGCCGUGGGCCUCUUGUCCCUCUUCGUCGCUCUCCAUGUCUACCUUGUCUCCGAUCUGGCUCCUCGCGCCCCCCGCCGCUAG